UCUUAGCUGUUAGCUGCUCUAGCGGUGUCAAUGGCCUCUUUGAUGAUCGGUUACUCCACUUCCUACACAUCCCCUGCUUUAGUUUCGAUGCGAGAUAAUACGACAGCCACAUUCGAAGUAACUAUGGAUAUGGAACAGAUCUUUGUACAAGUACCUACUUCUGGAUUCAAGUCAAUGUCCCUCGUCUUCCCUACCAAUUCCAACUUACAAAAAUCGAGGCUAUGUGGAUAGGAUCGAUCAUGCCACUGAGCGCACUUAUUGGAGGUAUAAUCGGUGGUCCAUGUAUUGAAUAUAUUGGUAGAAGAAACACUAUUCUGAGCACUGCCUUACCGUUUCUUGCAGGCUGGUUAUUUAUCGCACUAGCAACAAAUGUUGCGAUGAUAUUGAUUGGGCGCAGUAUAUGCGGUUUCUGCGUCGGUAUUGCUUCUCUUUCUUUGCCAGUUUAUCUUGGAGAAUCUAUACAACCAGAAGUACGUGGCUCACUUGGUCUCUUACCAACCGUUUUUGGUAAUACAGGAAUCUUAAUCUGCUUCACAGCUGGAAUGUAUCUAGCUUGGCGAAAUCUUGCAUUACUAGGUGCCUGUAUACCGAUACUAUUUUUGAUCCUGAUGUUCCUAAUUCCUGAAACGCCAAGAUGGUACAUUUCGAAAGGGAAAAUAAAAGAAGCACGAAAAUCGUUGCAAUGGUUGCGGGGCAAGACUGCCGAUAUUAGCGAAGAAUUAGAUUCCAUUCAAAAAAUGCAUAUCGAAAGUGAACGUAUCGCUACAGAGGGUGCUUUCAUAGAACUUUUCAGGAAAAAUCAUAUAAAACCGGUUUUUAUUUCGCUUGGCCUAAUGUUCUUUCAACAGUUUUCAGGAAUCAAUGCGGUCAUAUUUUACACAGUUCAAAUUUUCAAGGACGCUGGAAGUACUAUAGACGAAAAUCUUUCCACCAUCAUCGUAGGUCUCGUAAAUUUCAUUUCAACGUUCGUUGCAGCAAUGAUCAUAGAUAGACUGGGCCGAAAAAUGUUGCUCUAUAUAAGUAGUAUAUUGAUGUGUAUAACUUUAUUCACGUUCGGCACUUUUUUUUAUGUGAAAGAAUUAAUGGAUGUUACUGCAUUUGGUUGGGUUCCAUUAAUGAGUCUGAUUGUUUAUGUGAUCGGGUUCUCAUUUGGUUUUGGUCCGAUCCCAUGGUUAAUGAUGGGCGAGAUCUUACCAGUUAAGAUACGCGGUACGGCUGCCAGUGUUGCAACGGCUUUCAAUUGGUCCUGCACAUUCGUCGUUACGAAAACUUACGAAGAUUUAGUUUCCCAUAUCGGCCCAUAUGGAACCUUUUGGCUGUUCGGUACGCUCGUAGCAAUAGCAUUCAUUUUUGUAAUUAUUUGCGUACCAGAAACACGAGGACGAUCUCUCGAAGAAAUCGAAAGAAGAUUCGCUGGACCGGUGAGAAGAACGAGUGCGAUCGCCAAUUUAAAACCGAUGCCAAUAACCAUUUAAUGCUGGUUAAUCGUUCCUAUCAUUUUCUUGCUUUAUAUCUUUUCUUUUUGAUAAUUAGUUAAUCAAUCUGUUCGAUCGAUGAUCAAUUGCCUUUCGUUUUAUCAAACAAACGAAUAUGUAUUAUAGUUCAUUCUGUCGAUCAGAACGAACAGAUUUAAUAAUAGUCUUCCGGAUCGUCUUUCUUUUCUUUUUUUUUUAAAUUUAAAUUCAAAUGCGCGCAAUUAUUCUCUGUUAAGUUCUUUUUCUCUGAUUCUCUCUUUAUUACAAUUACAUUGAUCUUCACAUGCAUAAUGAUUGAUCAUAGCAAUAAGUUUUUGAUCGCCAAAAUUUAUAUUGUUGUGUCUUAUCUUAUUGAAAAAAAAAUUAAAACAAAAAACGUGAUAAAUCAAAUAAAAAGAAUUGGAGAAAACAUAACAAAAAAAAAAAAAAAAAUAAUAGAACAAUAGAUCAGAGAACAAUAAAGAGAGUUUCAGAUAUUCAAUUUUCUGUACUUAUGAACUAUAUUUAUUUAUAAUUAGCCGAACAUUUAGCGAUAUAAUCGCGAAUGCAAGCUCAACAAAGAAAAUGAUCCGUUGAUUAGAUAUUAUACGUAACUGUUACUUUUCUUCUUUCGUUUUAGGGUCUACCUCAAAUUAGUACUUUUAUUAAAGGUAUACGAGUAGGUUAACAGCAAGUAUGAAUUAUUUAAUUAGUACACAUAACUUGUGUGCAUUAAUUUGCUGAUAUAUAUGCUGAUAUGUUGUACUUAAAAAAAUACGUAUAACCAGCAUUUAAAGGAAAAAAACGAAUUUCUUCCUUUUAUAUAGCAGCGACAAUAAAAUUCUAAUGUGACGGUCGUAUAUAUGUAUAAUUCUUAUGCAUCUUUAUGGAUGUAACCGUCGCAUUUAUACAGUUACCGAUUUACGUCAAUGAACAACUGCAUCAUUUAUCAACGAAUUAAAUCAUAAGAUAUACAUAUAAUUAAGAAAUAGAGAUAAAAAUAAUUGCGUUUAUUUUUCCAUUACCAAAAUUAAUGUAACUAAUUUAAAAAAAAAAAAAAAAAAUAUGAUCAACAAACGAAGAGAACAUAUGCAUGAUCGCGCACGAUUCAUCGAAUCUCUUAUAUAUGAGCUGUAUAUACUUUAAGAAAUGAUUUUUUCGUAAAUCUUUAAUAUGUAUUUCUAUACGUAAUUGUCUUUUACAAACGUGCGCUUUUAAUUUUUAGUUUUUAUUCUAAUUUCCGAUAAUAUAUCCAGAUUGAAUUUCGA